GUGUCUCACCUCACAAAAGCGAGGGAGGGGAGAGAUAUAUCAAAGGCGAAGGAAACAGCGAAGAAACAAUGGCGGAGACCUCUUGCCUUCAGAUCCACGGCCCAAACGACGCCGUUUCACACCGUCACAGUCACAACCGUGGAGGUGAAAGCCUAACGCAAAUCCUUGAAUCUAACCCGCACUGGGUCCACGCCGACGACUUCGAUCUCUAUAUCUCCGACGCCGUCUUCGCCGUCGACGUUUUGGUUUCCGAUUCUGUCGUCCCCGCAUCCGACGGUCUUGAUCUUCUCGACAGGCGUAGCUUCGUCAUGGAUCUGUUCCGCGAGCGCGUUGAGCAAUCUCAGGUAACUCCUCACGACAUCGAUGAGAACGAGGUUGCAGAGUUGAGUUCCGAGUCGGGAUUUGGGGUUAUCGAGGGAAAUUGCGAUGUGGGUAUUGGUACUUUGGAGCUGCUGGAUGAGUUUGGUUUAGAAUCUGGUGGUGAGUUUGUGGUUGAGGACAUAGGUGAUAGUAGUGAUAUUGAUAGUGUCGAUCUAAACCCUAACGAUUAUGAUGAACAUGUUGAUGCCGAUUUCUACAUCGAGAGGAGGUCUUUCAGGCUUGAGUCUCGUGACGUGGCAUCGGCCCAUAAUGAUAUUCGCGUAAUCGAGUCGGGUUCUGACGAUGAUGAGGAUGGCCUGGAGGGUGAGAGGGAUAUAUGGGGCAUAGAAUUGAAUGCAGAGGAUGUGUAUGAGGAUGAUGACGGUGAUGACGGUGAUGACGAUGACGAUGCCAGUGUGACCAUCCCUCUUUGUUGGGAUUCACUUCAGUUGGAAGAUCGUGGAGUAACGAAUGAGGAUUUCGAGUGGGAGAAUGUUGAUGGUGGCUUAGUAGACGAGAGAGAAAUUUUAAGCGUUCUUGCAGAGGCCGAUUAUGAUGAUGAAAAUUCAAUUUCCAUUUCUGUCUCACCGAUUAUCACACUUGAGGAUUUAGCUAGUGGUGAAAGGGAAGAGGGUUUGGGGAAUUUGGGUUGGGAAGUUUUGCUGAAUUCUCGGAAUCUUGAGACGAACCCUGAUUCGGAAAGUAACAGGGAUAUGUAUCUGGGUGUGGGCGGUGAUCUUGAUGACUAUAUCGGCUAUCUUGAUACAACUGAGUAUGAAAUGCUGUUUGAGCAGUUUUCCGAGGCUGAGAUUUCUGCUGUCGGGCAACCUCCGGCCGCCAAAGCCUUUGUCAAGAAUCUUCCAUUGGUUGUUUUGUCAAAAGAGGAUGUCGGGGCUGAUCAUCAUGCCCUAUGUGCGGUUUGCAAAGACGAGAUGAAUGUAGGAAGCGAGGCUGCACAAUUGCCGUGUAGUCAUAGGUACCAUAGUGAAUGCAUUCUGCCGUGGCUCGGGAUACGUAACACAUGUCCUGUUUGUCGCUACGAGUUGCCCACUGAUGAUGCCGAGUAUGAGAGGAGGAGGAGGAGGAAUAGGAGCCAGAGAGCAGCUAAUGGUCUGUAAAAUGGUGACUCCUUUAAUAUGAUUUUUGGUGGAACCUUAAGUAUGUAUAGAUAAAUACUUUGUGUUGGAUAGUUUUUGCAAUGCGAGGUCAUGAGUUUGUUUAGAUAGUUCUUGUGUGUUUCUCAUGUGAGUCAUGACAAUUUCAAUGUAAUUUAUAGGAUGCCUACUUUAUCUACUACACCUUAUAUUA